AACAAAUUUUAAAAUAAAAAGUAUUUCGAAAAAAAUAAAAAUAAAUUAAUAAUAAUAAUAUUUGUAAGCAAUAAAGUGACUUUCAUAUUAUCCUUCGUUGUGUGAUAAUGCCGGCAAGCGGUUUGCAGUGCAAAACUUCGAUAACUCAAACAGCAUCUACCACCACCUUAAUCAAAGCGCAGAGCAGCAGCAGUAGCAGCAGCAGCAGCAGCAGCAAUGGUGGCGAUCAUAAACAACAGCAAAAUGUGCGUAAAGGUUGGAAUAUUAAGGCGUCAAAAAUCUCUACGAAAACACAUAAUCGUAUACGUGCGAUUGUAGAGUCCUUGAAAAUUCAACCGAAUCCGGAAAAGCCAAUGAUACCGUUAUCUAUUGGAGAUCCAACAACAUUCGGUAACUUGCGCGCCUCUGACGAGACAAUGAUGGCUGUGCAGCGUUGCAUUGAAAGCGGCAAAUAUAAUGGCUAUGCGCAUACACAAGGACACGAAGAGGCGCGACGUGCUAUUGCCAAAUAUAGCGCACAUCAGAGCGCCGAAGAUAUAAAAACCGAAAACAUAUUAAUGUGUAGCGGUUGCUCAGCAGCACUGGAGUACUGCAUAUUAGUGCUUUGUGAUAGUGGACAAAAUUUACUAGUGCCACGUCCUGGGUUUUGUCUAUACCAAACGCUCGCUGAAGGUCUGGGCAUCGAAAUACGCUAUUAUGAUCUGUUGCCGGAACGACAGUGGGAGGCAGAUUUGCGUCAAUUAGAGAGCUUGAUAGAUGAGAAUACAGGGGCGUUACUUCUCAAUAAUCCCAGUAAUCCAUGUGGCAGUGUAUUUAGUAAGAAACAUUUGGAGGAUAUAUUGGACAUUUGCGAACGACACUAUUUGCCCAUAAUAGCAGAUGAGAUAUACGAGCAUUUGGUCUUUCCCGGUUCCGAAUUUAUUGCUGUGAGUAGUCUCUCUAAGAAUGUGCCGGUGCUUACAUGUAGUGGCACAACAAAACGCUUUCUCGUGCCCGGCUGGCGUAUGGGUUGGGUGAUUAUACACGAUCGGCAGGGUCGUUUGGGUAAUGCGAUUGGCGGCUUAAAAAGUAUGUGUAGUCGAAUUUUAGGUUCCAAUACCAUAGUGCAAGGAGCUCUGCCCGACAUGUUGGAGAAGACACCAAAGAGUUUUUUCGACAGCGUUAUUAAUUUGCUUUAUUCUAACGCACGUUUGGCAUAUCGGAUGUUGAAAAAGGUGCGCGGCCUUAAUCCAGUUAUGCCCGAUGGCGCUAUGUACAUGAUGGUUGGCGUAGAUAUCGAACGUUUUCCAGCCUUCAAGACAGAUACACAUUUUGUGCAGGAGCUAGUGAAUGAACAAAGUGUCUUUUGUCUGCCGGGAGCAUGUUUCGAAUGCCCGAACUUUAUGCGUAUCAUAUUAACAGUGCCUGGUGAUAUGAUGAAGGAGGCUUGCAUACGUAUUGCACAAUUCUGUGAAGCUCACUAUAAAAAUGACAAUAACAUUAUUGAGAAUGGACUUUUGGACUGAGGAUGAAACAUUUCUUUGGUGCAGGCGAUUCAUGCGAUACACAAAAAAUGGCUUGUGAAAAG